UCGCCCCCUGUGUUUACAUGCGGCCACAGAGAGCGGUCUCAUCGGACGCCCAGAACGUGGUCGAAAACUGACAGAAAUCCAGACUAACCGACGCACCGUUAGCAUGUGGCCAGAAGUGAAAAAAGUAAAGGACGAGAACCGCUACGAGCUGGUGCUCAUGGGAGAAGACGUCAAUAAGAAAAUAGAGAAAGAAGAAGGAUUGGAUCCCGACUUGUACGAGCUCACGCAGCUGAAUUUCCUUCGCGUGUCCAAGUCCCCCUUGACUUCCAUCUCUGAGAAAAUUAGUCUCCUCGUCAAUCUCACAAAUCUUGUGCUUGAUGGCAACAAACUAGAAAGCCUCUCCGGGGCUGUCGGGAAGCUGGACAAGCUGAAGGUACUUGACCUAUCAAGAAAUUCUCUUGUUACGUUACCUGAGGAAAUUGGUCAACUGACACGCCUGACAACCCUAAAUGUCAGUGUUAAUAAGCUCACGUCCCUCCCAUGCUUGAAUAACUGCAGCCAUCUGGCAUUAUUGGAUGCCAGGGAGAACUGUUUGACUGAGUUCCCUGAUGUUUGUCAUGAUUCUCUUGCGCUGCUCGCUGAUAUCAAGUUUGCAAGAAAUAAGAUCAGUGAGAUCCCUGUUUCUGUGCAGGUGCUUCCAUCCCUGAAGCACUUGGAUUUGGAAGACAAUAGCAUCAAAGUGGUUCCUGGGGAGCUCAUUGACUGCAUCAAACUAAAAGAAUUGGGUCUUAAAGGAAAUCCUCUUACUGACCGACGAUUCCGCAAAUUAGUUGAAUCUGACAGAUGUCUCCCAAAGCAAGUAAUGGAUUACGUGAAGCAACAUUGCCCCAAGGUACAGGAAUAAGGAUCAAGAUCAGAUGGAUGAGGUGUGCAAUGAGCUUCGUGUUCUAAGUCUGACUGAGGAAACACCAGCAAUACGAGUGGAUCCUGUUGUGAAGGAUGUGAGGCCAUACAUGGUCUGCUGCAUUCUUCGAAAGAUAGACCUGAGUGGAGAAAACUUCAAGAAAUUCAUCUCUUUGCAGACAAAGCUGCAUGAAGGGAUCUGUGAGAAGAGGCUUGCUGCAACUAUUGCAACACAUGACCUUGCAAAGAUCAAAGGACCUUUGAAGUACACUGCACGUGAUCCAAGAGAGAUUCUCAUCCACCCACUGAUAAGGGGCAAGGAGAUCACUGCCAAGGCUUUGCACGAGGCUUUGCAACAUGAAGCAGAAGCACAGAGAAAACAGAUGAAGAAGAACAUGACCACUGGACUCCAUAAGUACCUUCACAUAGUUGAACCAUGGAAUGUGUGGCCUUGCAUUGAAGAUUCUGCUGGAACAGUUGUGUCUUUACCACCCAUCACAAAUUCAGAUAACACAAAGAUUACUGAGGAAACAACAGAUGUGUUCAUAGAAGUGACAAGCAGCAAAACACUGGGGAAGGCAAAAGAGGUUCUUGAUACUCUUCUGCAGGUUAUAAUGCAGAAUAACCUUUGCCCAGAGAAGAAUGAAGGAGAUAAAACACUCAUGACAGUUCAGCAGGUUAGGGUAGAAGAUGAAGAUGGAAAGCUUCGGGUAUUGUAUCCAUCUCGUACAGACCUUGUAUUUGAAAAUAUGAAGGUUAGGGUAGUUAUGCCUGAGAAAUAACUUUCUUUUUAGUGUUAUAUACCUGUUUGGAAUUGUGAUAUUUUGGGUAUGUAUUGUUCAGAUACCCAUUAAUUAUUAUCUUCAUUGUGUUGAAUCUACAAGUGUGAUUUGUCUUUCUGAUAUUCAGAAGCAUUUUCAGCCAGAUGACCCCCCCCCUCCAUAUAAUCUUUCACUUAAUCACUUUUGUUCAGUCACGCAUUGUUCUUGAAAUAAUUAUCAUUCUUUUGUAAGUCAUGGGCAUACAUAAUCAAAUGGAUAUCAGAACAAUGGCAGCUCUCAUAUUAACCACAACACUACAUUCAGAUAUAUUUCCAUUAUGUAAGUGUAUUAACCCAUGUGGAAAUAAUUAACAAAUAAGAAAAAAAAAUUAUGUUUCUAUAUCAAACAUACAUAUAUUCAGUAAAAAUAAAGUUCUCAUAAGCUAAUAUUAGUGGAUGCACUAAACUGAACUGAGCAAGAUGGUAAAAUAAUAGAUUUUGAAGAUAUAGACUGCAUUUUGGAGGAAAAAACACAGGUGAGUCACUACUGUGCAUUUUACAUUUUAGGCCAAAAAGGAUGGGAGAGCACAGCAUUUUAUUCUUUCUAUGAGUUAAGGAGAUGCGAGUCAGAACAAUAGAUUUUUUCAUAUCGAGAUUUAAGUCCAUGUCAAAAUUGUAAUCAUAAAUGGCAUCCACCCUUGCAUCUUAAUGGUGCUGAAGUUACAACUGUUCCUUAGAAAGGGAAGAGGAUGUUUGACAGUAAGUUGAAACAAGUCCAGUGCAUAUCAAUACCAGAGUGGCAGAAAAGGUGUACAUGAGAUGCAUUUGUAAAAAGAUGGAAUAAUUAGUUAGAUACAACUAAUAAGCCCCUAUAUGAAAUUGAUAAUUAUAUAGAUUUUCAAGCUAGGAAAUCACUUUCCAUGUGCAUGCAAGAAACAAUGCUCAAAGUAGACCCAAUUCCAUAACCACAUUGUUCCUUCUUUAUACUGCUUGAAUAUCCUGUUCUGUUUAAUAUUUUGUAAAGUUACACCAAGAAAAGUAAUAAUGGUAAUGAUGCUAUAAGGGAAAUAUGCAAACCUAAGUUUGUUGAAUUGUGGACUAACAUCUUUUAAGCAUCCAAUCUAAAGUUUGGAGAAUGGAAAAGAUCAAUGUACUAGUUUGUUAUAAUGAAUGCUGCGAUUGAGGAUAUACAUAAUAAAAUGAGCAAGUAUUGUAUAUGGUAAUAAUAAAAAACAAAUUUUACGUAAAUUAUUAUGGUUAUAGGCAUUACGUAAAUUGAAUCUCCUCAUUAGUGAAAUUUUGAUAUAAUAUAUGACAUUACUCAACAGCUAAAUUUCAUUUUAAUGUAUUUUAAGGAGUGAACUUUCAUGUAUGCAUAAUUUUGUAAGAAAUGCAUAAAAUCUGCCAACUUAUAUAUUUUCUUUUCAGAAUAGUUGUGCAAGAAAUUCCAUUUUUAGGUUUCAUUGCUAUAUAAUUGUUUUGUAAUUGUCCAUAUUCAGAAAGAGAAAUAUGGAAAGACAUAUGACUGAAGUAAAGGAAAUUUUAGUAAAGUUGAUAAAGGAUAUUAGUAUCACAAAUGUUUGUCACUGAUAAGGAGAUUGAAGGAAUUCUUUAAAAUUUCUCCAGAAAUUUUGGAUUACAAGUAUAUAAAAUUCAAAUAUACAUCAGGAAUGACUGAUAUUCAUAUAACAAUGUCACAUUCUAGUGAAUGCUAGUAUAUGUAAAUUCACUGCCAGAAUGAGACAGCUGUUAUUGCAAAAAGGGAGAAAUGUAAUGCAUAUUUUCUCUUGAUGGUAAGUUGUUACACAUGUUAAAUAUAAUUUAAAGAAGAUUGGUACAUUAUUUAGAAAACACAUCACCAAUAUAAAGUGUGUAGUUUGCUAAGAUGUGUAAUCAGGUUUGUGUAUUUUUUCAUAAAUAAAAUUAUAUAUGGUUCUA